AUGCGGCUCAAGAGAUGGCGUGCAAGGGCUGCUCGAUGCGUAAAAUUCGCCGAGCUCGUUCAAGGACCACUCGCAUACACCAAGUUUUUCUUAUUACAGUUCAACAACGAUUUUGAGGCUGUCCUUUGUAUCCCGUGCCUUGCGGCGGGUCUUACACACCUCUCAGUCUCCAGCGAAGUAGCCACCAUGCGUUUUGCUCGUGAAGAACUCGGGAUUCCUGUCCCUCGAGUACUCGCAUGGUCUUCGAAAGAAAAUGCAACGGACAACAUCCUGGGUACACCAUACGUCCUCACGGAGAAAGUUCCUGGUAUCGAGGCUACGCUUCGCCGGAAAGAGAUGGAUGAUGCACUACUGACCGCUUUACCACUCAUCUGCGGUUUACACGACUGUGAGGAGAAGAUGGGUCGUUACCGCUUUUCUCAAAUAGGCAGCUUGUGCUUCACGGAGGACCACGCGCUCCCGCAAACAUUGGGCAGAUAUAGCAUCGGCCCACUGGCCGACCGCAUGUGGUGGCGCGGAAAUAGAGCCACCAUGGAUCUAGACCGUGGUCCCUGGCCUGACAUGGCCGCAUUCAUGCAGGCUUCUGCGCGGAACGAGCAAGCGUGGAUCCGCCAACAUGCCUCACCCGACGAUCGGCGAUUCUGCAGCAUUCUCCAGUCGCGUGAUCCUGCGGAGCACCUGCGGGCAUUAGACAUGUACGCUGAGGCUGCGCCCUUCAUCGUCCCUGGGCCCCAGCUCUGCGAGCCUACGCUGUGGUGUUCUGACAGCUCCCUGUCGAACAUCAGGGUCGCACCUUUUGGCACGCUACAGAUCACCGGUGUUCCUGACUGGCAGGGCGCUUACGCGGCUCCGUUCUGCGUGCAGGAAAAAUUCCCCGACGGCUUCAGAUGCACGAAAGGCACGAUCGAGAUGCCGACCCACCCGAACCCUCCACAGAUUCCCAGUGAUUUUGAGUCGCUCGACGAGCAUCGAAAGAAUGUCCUCUCGAUGCAGCGCGCACUCGCGAAUCUCAAAGAACACUACUGGAGUUUCCACGUGGAUAACUAUCUGUGGUUAGCGCAGGCCAUCCCCCACCUUGAGCCGUUGAAUACGCUUCAUCUUGCUGGUCAACGAUGCUGGAGCGAUUCCUACAUGAAGCUCGUACUUGCGCUUUUGGAUAUUCGGAAUGGCUGGAACAAAAUUGCGCCGCGGACACCGUGCCCGAUCACUUUCUCGGAAGACGAAGAGCGCGAGUUCAACGCCGUCAUGGACAGUGUGCGUGUGUAUUGGAAUACUCUCAAGGAGCUCGACGACGCCCUCCGCGCUUCUCCCGAGGGGUGGGUCUCGAAUGAGGAUUAUCCUAGGGCGAAGCGCUUGUUGGAGGAGGCCAAGUGGCAGUGGGACGAGAACGAGAUGGGUGGAUGGUUUCCGUACCAGGACGGGAUGCACUCUUUCUCCUUGUGUUGA